AGUCGACACGCUAUCGGCGAGCAACUUGCAGCACCGCGGUGUUUUAUCCUUCGUCGUCGAAAGCUGAAGCCAGUGGAGCCUAUGCAUAGAGCUCUUCUCAAAAUCCUUUACUAUCGCUUCCACUUUUCUAACACUGAAAUUUCAAUCUCCAUGCAUUUUCGACAGUGCUGUAACGACACCAUGAUAUCGACCGUGGAGAUUUCAAAUCAUGGCAUGAUCAUCAUGAUGAUGGGGGAGCUUUUGACGGACAAAGCUCCACGACCUCCGGUCCACUUCAAAUUUUCUCACACAAUAAAACCCGCUAAAGCUCUGGCAAGUCUCCUUUACAGAAGUUCGCGAGUAGAUCGUCUGGCGAAAUGGUGUUGUGGUUGUGCAGCUCACUCUGGAUCGGCGCCGCAGCUAUUGCAGUAGUCGACGCAAACAGCAGUGACAGCUCCAGCGGAUCCCGUGGUUCAUCCACAGUCACGGAUCGCAGUCUCGUCAAGCUCGAGACCCGUUCAGGUAUUCGACCGUGGGUCGAUCCCGACACACCUGAGGAUGUUCGGACAUACGUGACCUCGCGCGGAGACACGUGGGAGCUCAUCAUGAGCGACGAAUUCGGUGACGUGAACCGCAACUUUACGGCAGGAGCCGAUCAUCUGUGGACGUCGUUGGAGAUGCCCGACGGUACCAACGAUGCGUUGCAGCUUUAUUCGCACGAUAUGACUUCGGUCGUGUGCGACGACGACGAGGAAGGAUUGUGUUACCUACGAAUCAAGUCCAUCGACGAAGUUAACAACAUCACAGUCUGGAAUAAUUAUCUGCGUCCUCCAGGAUUCCAGAACUCCACUUUCUAUUAUCGAUCGGGUAUGCUGCAGACUUGGAACAAGUUCUGCUUCCAAGGAGGUAUGCUGGAGGUGCGUGCCAACCUCCCUGCCGUUUUGAGCGCGGACAGCAACAACACGGACAUUGGCAAGGGCCACAACGCACGUGCCGAGCUGACGAAGUACUACCCAACGUGGCCGGGUAUUUGGCUUAUGGGGAACCUCGGCCGUGCGCUGUUUUCUUCGUCGACGGCCCGCAUGUGGCCAUUCUCGUACAGCGAGUGCAACGAGACUGUUUUCAAUUCCAGCAACCAGCGUAUUAGUGCGUGUGACUCUGAUCCUGGUCAUGGCUUGAACCUUAACCAGGGUCGCGGUGCUGUCGAGAUCGAUCUGCUGGAAGGAGGUGGCGUGGCCAUUUCGUCGUCCAUCCAAAUUGCCCCAGGAAUGCCCGCAGACUACCGUCGUGCGGCUAUCAACGAAAGUGUCGGUGACUGGAGCUACUGCGUGUACAGCCAGGGGUGCGCUACCAUUGGGGCCAAUUUACCCGGUGUACCCACGGAAAACUACAAGGACCGUGGUCAUCAGAGCUGGUAUCAGGGACUGCGCUAUGGCUCCAAUAACUAUUGUGCUGUGGAUGGAAAUGAUACGCAGUUAUAUGCUAUCGUAGCGGCGGGUGUGGAAAAUAUCACUGAGAAUACGUGCAGCCUGCUCUAUUGCCCGGCAUCCAACGACGUUCAAGGAGACAUGGGCUACAUCGACGAUGACAAGAGUCUGGGCCACUGGAACAUCAACUCGAACGGCACGUGCUUUCCUGAGAUGAACGGCUACCAGGGUGUGUUUCUCUGUGAUCCAGACAACCAGGACAGUCGCUGUUCAGCGCCACGCAAUGACUCGACUCCAAAGACCAACACUAUGAAGCCUUACAGCUACCAAAUGGAUGCGCUGUCUGCUAACUGGGGCAUCCACAUGGGCGCCUACUAUGACUACGUCGCGUACCAGCUCGAGUGGGUCACUGGUGACAGCGGAUACCUUCGCUGGAUGCUCGGUGGCCACCCUAUCUUCGAGAUCCCGGCCAGGGAACCCGAAAAUGCAAUACUUAGAUUAAUACAUCGAUUUCAGAAACAUUAUCAUCUCGGGCCUGGCUGGAGACAUUCGCUUCCGUAG